GCCCAAAUGGCGUCCAUUUCAACUAUCAUACGAUCGGUUUGCUGUUGAGUCAGUCGGUGCGCGCAUGCCAAAUGGCGUAGUGCAUGAGCAAUCGAGAGGAAGUGGCGGGUGAUCUGGGUCCGCACCUUUUCCGGUAACAGCACCGCCACCGAAGCUAGUGACGACCCUGUGACUGAACGGCUGUAGAGAGAGGGAGAGGCAAGAGCGGGGAGAAUCAACCUGGGGACCAGGGGGUUGCCGCAGUUGCUGGUAGGCUGCCUAAUAAAUUUUUCAACGCCUCACAGUUUUUGGAGAGAGUAGAGAGAGGAAGAGCUGAAAGUCGGAUGAAUGAAUGAAUCAUUGACCCUUUGAACAUUCUAGACCUGGAUGUCCGACCGGAGGUGAUCUUAUUUGUCUCCGGUACAAUGAACUCCCGAAUAAAAUCGUUUUUUUGAAUCUGGCAAAUGGAAUAAGGGCAAGUGGACAACCGGCAGACAAGGAGGAAGUCGGAACUAGCACGGGCUUUUGAAAGGGCCUAAUUUAAUUAGUCUAUAUUUAAUAUUCCUUACCGCUUUAUAGAAAACGCUAAGGUACGCACCGGGAAAAGAAAUUGGAAUUUAAAGGAUAUCAUUGCGCUAAACGUAGAAUAGACCCUACGUUUUAAAUCGGAGUGUUGUGGAUUUGAUUCAUAUUCCCCACCCUCUUCCGUUCACCUAGACGUCCCAUUGUCAAACAUUUCAAUUUGCCUUUGCAUCCCCCUCUGAGAGUGGUAUUUUUUCCAUUGUUUGGUCGCGAUUCUGGCCACAAGUGUAUCUGGAAAAAACUUUUGUAACUGCCUCCGUCUUAAUUUUUUAUAUAUAGUUGUGUCAACCUACAACUGAUCGACUGUCACGUGGACCUGUGCUGUCAGGCAACCUGCCACAGCAGUAGAAACGAAAACCUGAAACUUUAUUUUUAUACAAAACAUUUCUGCUCUAUUCGAAAUCAAAGGGAAGAUACUUUAUUUUUUUUUCACCACUCUUCUAAGGAAGUAGAUAUUUAUGCCCAGCCUACAAAAUGGGGAAAAUGCUUUCAAAGAUCUUUGGCAACAAGGAGAUGAGGAUAUUGAUGCUUGGACUUGAUGCUGCUGGCAAGACCACCAUCCUCUACAAACUGAAGCUAGGCCAGUCGGUCACAACAAUCCCCACAGUGGGUUUCAAUGUGGAGACGGUCACCUACAAAAACGUGAAGUUUAAUGUUUGGGAUGUCGGGGGCCAGGACAAGAUCAGGCCCCUGUGGAGGCAUUACUACACCGGCACCCAGGGACUCAUCUUCGUGGUAGACUGCGCAGAUAGGGAUCGGAUCGACGAGGCCCGCCAGGAGCUCCACCGGAUCAUCAACGACCGGGAGAUGAGAGACGCCAUCAUCCUGAUCUUCGCCAAUAAGCAGGACCUGCCGGACGCCAUGAAGCCACACGAGAUCCAGGAGAAGCUGGGCCUGACCCGGAUCAGAGAUAGGAAUUGGUACGUUCAGCCGUCCUGCGCUACCACCGGAGAUGGACUAUACGAGGGCCUGACCUGGCUCACCUCAAAUUACAAGUCUUAAUGUUCAGGACUUCUUAUGCUCAUCCUGGACUGUUCACUUUCAGUAACAAGCAAAAAAAAAAAAAGUGAAAUGAACAAGAGAUGGUGGGGGGAAAAAAUGACAAGCUGAGAGAGUAAAUGAUUAACAUGACCUCUCAGAUGAUUAAUGUAUACAAAUGAGAAGUUUAAUUAUACUCCCCUCCUUGCUUUUGAUAAUGAUAAUGACUUCCCUAUAACCCAUAUUUUCUUUAUAAACAAAAAUACUAUUGU